AUGCCACCCAAGCUCUCCAAAGACGAGAAACUGGCAUUGAUUGUGACCCACCUUCAAACACGAGGAACCUGCUACACAUUCAAGGAAUUAGAAAAGAGCUUACCAGGCGUGGCAUCUAUCAACAGCAUUCAAGUGAAAGAAUACAUUCAGGCCCUGACCGACGAGAAUCGAAUUCGGGUGGAAAAGAUCGGCAGCGGCAACUGGUACUGGAGCUUCAAAAGUGACGAACAGGUCGAGCGGGAGCGGCAGCUGGUCCGGGUGCAGACGGAAGUGGAGAAAGCAAAGAAAUCCUGUGCUGAAUGGGAGGCGGCACUGGCCGCUGAGACCAAGCGCCGACAGGAUGACAGUGAGGAGAGUGAGAGUGAGAAUGCGAAUGGUGGGAUCAACAUGCGACAGAAGUUACUUGCUACCAAAGCCGAACUUACAACGGAGGUACACCGGCUUCGGGUUGCAGAGUCGGGUUUGGGCGACUCGUUGUGUAGGAAGGCUGUGUCAACACUAAAAAAGGAGUUGGCGGGGUUCAGGCAGCAAACAUUCCAAUGGACGGACAAUCUUUAUGUUCUAGAGCAACAUCUGCGUGAACUGGCCGGGGGGGACCGGGAAAUUGUUGCGGCAGUACUGCAUGAAUGUUAUGGAGACGAGUACGUGGAUGGGGGACUCCGUGAACUGGAGUAG